UUUCCCCAUAUCAGCUCGUUUCUUUUUUUGCAGCCUGUGCACUAGGCAUUUUUCCCCCCAUGGCCCAGUGCAAUGUAUUCAUGAAGAUUAGUAUUACCAAUUUGCAGACAAUAUUAGGCAAUGUAUUGCUGAUGCCCGAUGAGGGCGUAGACCUACGUGGGUCAGCGAUGUAAUGCUCAACUUUGGAAUUUCUCUUAUUUCAGUUUGACGUACUUCGUACCCGCAGGUGAACUACAUUUAUAUGUAGUACUGUUCCACUAAUCGCUGUUGCUUGCGUGUAGUGUCUGUCAAGAACUGUAUCUCACCUGCACAAUGGAUGUGUCAAUAGCAGAAAGCCGUUUCUACGUAUACAACGAGCGUAUGGGCAUCGAGGAAGACCAUUGUCACGAGUUCAAAGGGCACAGGAACGUCAGUGUGGAAGAGCUACCACCCUGGAGCUUUAUCAAAGGCCGCAGUGGAGAUAAACUGCAUCGCUCUAGACGUGCUGUGUCAAGGACCCUGUGUGGAUUGCUGAACUCUGGAGAAGGUGGCACUGUGUACAUGGGUGUAACAGAUGAUGGUGUGGCAAGGGGAAUGCGUAUACAGCUCUAUCAGCGUGACCAUAUGAUUGUGUCGCUUCGAGAUCUGAUGUCCCGGUUUUCGCCACCUAUCCACGACUCCAUGAUUCAGGUGGUGUUUGUACCUGUGCUGGCGUCGGGUGAAUCACAAAAGAAAUGGCUUGAUAAGCUGCACAAGUCCGACGCGACUCUCGGGAAGGCAGCAAAUACACGUGCCAAGCAGCACAAGCUGCGCUCAUAUGAGUAUUGCUGGUGUGAUGUGGAAACGGAAGCAAUGAUAGACUGCAGUGACUGGCUACCGACCUUUGUUAUAGAGCUCUCUGUCAGGAAAAGGAAGAUCACCCCAGAGGUUAUCGUGCCCGCUGCUGUGAACUGGCCAGACAUGAAGCUGUUGAAGAAAGCGGAAAUCCUGCCUGUCUAUGAGGAUGAGGAGGGCAAAUGCUACUGCCGCGGCCAGGGAGGUCUUUUUCAGUAUCCGGCACAGGAAGUGAAGUCCAACACACAAGUCUUGAUGUCCUCUCACUAUCUUCCUAUCAUUGAAAGGUUGCGUUCGCAGUUACAUCAAGCCCGGUUUAUUCUCAAAUACACGCCAGAGCCUAUGACCGAUGAAGAGUUCCGCAAAAAAAUUGUUCAGUCAAAUGACUUCUACGAAAGCUGACCUUAAAACUGCUUUCGCAAAACGCAUAUUUCUUGAAAUUACAGAACAAGGAUAGUCAAGGCUUGUUUGCUGCUACUUAAAGUUUCAUGCUUUCGCAUUCAUUAGGCAAAUUAUAAACACUGACAUUGAAAAUUAAUAUAUUCCCCUCCGUGCAUGCCUAAAACUAAAAGUCAUACAUCCCAGAUAACAAGUCUUGCACAAAAGUUCCAUUUUUCAUUAUUCUCCUAUUUUGCUCAAAGAAAUCUGGUAUGAAACCUAGGCCUUCCAUAAAAUGAACGAAUCAUACUUUUCAUGAUUUUCACUCUCAUUUUUUAUGCUUAGCAGCUGAGCUGACUUCAACACAAAAUUAGACAUACACGUAGUGACAUGGCUGCGCUAAGACUUCUGAUGCUACAGUGGAAAGUUAAUUUAUUCUGAGUUAAGAGCAUUCUUUUCACUGUGUUCUAUCAUGCUUUAAAAUUUAGAAAUGAUGGGGUAGUUCAUCCUGCUGAUGACGAUGAUCUCAAGUUCUAA